CAGGUUUCGGCUUCGACCCGACCCGAGGGUCAAAGCGCGUUUUAUGGCGCGUUGAUAACGAUGAUUGGCAGCUGCUGUGAUUCCAGCCUUAUUUCAGCGGCGGAGGCGGCGAGCUCCUCCUCAGAGCGGCGUGGACCAUGGCGUGGAGCGUGGCGUUGAUCGUCCUGCUGCUGGCGCUCGGAUCGUCGGGGGCCAAAGUGGAGGAGGAGAACCCGGAGUUCUGGAGGUCGGGGGCCCAGAGGACCCUGCAGUCGGCGCUGGACAGGAAGCUCAACACCAACGUGGCCAAGAACAUCCUGUUCUUCCUGGGGGACGGGAUGGGAAUCACAACCAUCACGGCGGCCCGUAUCCUCAAGGGACAACUGGAGAACCAGACGGGAGAGGAGACGGUGAUGACCAUGGACACCUUCCCCAAUGUGGGACUAGCUAAGACCUACAGCGUGGACUUCCAGAUCGCAGACAGUGCAGCGACGGCCACGGCGUACCUGUGCGGCGUGAAGACCAACCUGAACACCAUCGGCGUCAGCGCGGCGGCUCGCAACGGCGUCUGCAAGACGCAGAAGGGCAACGAGGUCACGUCCAUCCUCAAGUGGGCCAAAGACGCCGGCAAGUCUGUCGGCAUCGUGACAACCACGAGGGUGCAGCACGCCACCCCGGCCACCAGCUACGCCCACAGCGCCAGCAGGAAGUGGUACAGCGACGCCGACAUGCCCGACGGCGCCAAGAGGGACGGCUGCACCGACAUCUCCUCGCAGCUCCUCACGAACACAGACGUAGACGUGAUCAUCGGCGGCGGUAGAAAGUACAUGACCCCCCGGGGCACAAAGGACCCGGAGUACCCCAAGGACUACGCCUCCAGGGGCAAAAGAAGAGACGGGCGCAACCUCAUCGACGAGUGGCAGAGCCUGAAGAGCGGAAAGGUAGCUCACUACGUGUGGAACAGAACGGACUUCGACGCCGUUGACCCUGAAACAACAGACUACCUGAUGGCUCUGUUUGAACCGGGCGAUUUGCGCUUCGAGGCGGAACGGGACCCGAGCAUGGACCCGUCCAUCGCGGAGACCACGGAGAAGGCCAUCCGCAUCCUCCGGAAGAACCCUAAGGGCUUCUUCCUGCUGGUGGAGGGCGGGCGCAUCGACCAGGCUCACCACGCGGGCCGGGCCUCCAUGGCGCUCCACGAGACGGUGGCCUUCGACUACGCCAUCGCCAAGGGCCUCCAACUCACCGCGGAGCGCGACACUCUCACCGUGGCGAUGGCUGACCACUCGCACCCCGUCACCUUCAACGGGUACCCGUUCAGAGGGCAGAGCAUUCUGGGUAAAUCCCCGCUGUGGGCCACUGACGUGCUGCCUUACACCACGCUGAUGUACGGCAACGGGCCGGGACACAAGAUCGCCAACGGCACGCGCCCAGACAUCCGCGACGUCAACACGAGGACGAAGGACUACGUCCAGCUGGCCGCCGUCCCCACCAAGUCCACCACCCACAGCGGGGAGGACGUGGCGGUGCUCGCCCUCGGGCCCAUGGCCCACCUCUUCCAGGGCGUCAACGAGCAGAACUACAUCGCCCACGCCAUGGCCUACGCCGCCUGCGUGGGGGCCGACCUCAGGCACUGCCGGGGGGUCACCGAGGACCCCGUGGCCCCGAGCGCCGCCGCCGCCGGCGGGGGGGGCGCCAAGGCGGCGGGCGGCGGCGGUGGCGGCCUGGCGGCCGUUCUGCUCGGCGCGCUGCUGGCCCUCAAGGCGCUGAUGUAA